UGCAUCAGAGCAGGAGGAGGGACAACUAUGAGAUCAGUGGUAUGAGGAAAUGAAUCAGUUCAAGCGGCAGAGCAGAAAGAGAAGACAGAAGAUACGAGUCUCCUUAAAGUUUUCUACAGAAAUAAGAAAGUGUGUCUGACUUGUGACUUCAGUGGGGAGCCACAGCCACGGGAGCAAAUCGUAGGCACAGUCCACGGAUAUUCACAGGAACUGGAAUCUGCACAAUCCAAACCAAGGGGGAAGCUCCUGAGACUUCAUUGCUACCCAGUCCCUCAAUAGAUCCAGAUCCACGGGUGGUAGAGUUGGGAGAACAGGGAAGGGGACAUGGAGUCUCACCUUGACUCAGUGACCAAAACAAGGAACCCCGUCAUUCUCAUUUUGUAUCAAUUGUUGUGUUGGGCACCCCAGGGCAUAAAGGCGAGGCUGGAACUGCAUUUCUCCAGAUGGAACAAGAAGGAAGAUGUCCCCCUGAUUACCCCCGUACAAGAGACCAGCUCAAACAAUGAGGCUCAAGACCAAGCAAAGACCCCAGUGCAGGAAACCAGUUCAUUCUAUGUAAUUCCACUUGCUGUGAAGGGAGGACAAGAUGAUCUAGGGGAUGACAUUGCUGUUAAGGAAAAUAUCAAAUUGAUGAAGUCACCAGAUAUAAGUUCCACCGCCCAAGAGAAAGGAUCUUCCUUAGAGAAAUCACCACCAAUCUCAACCCCCAAUGACUCAGGUCAUCAACAGCUAGUAGAGCCUGAGGACAUGGACCAAAGCAGCCCAGGAAAAGUGCCAAGGAAGGCAAAGAGAAGAAGAAGAAGAAGUAGGAAGAGGAGGGCAGAAGCAACUGAGAUGGAAGUAGCUGAGAUGCCUUCACUACAUUUAAGAGAUAAUCGAUGGGUCAUGUUGUUGCUGCAGAUAUCUUCAAAACUCAUUAGAUGCGGAGUUGGAUGGCAAAUCCCAGCAGCUGUGAUAUGGUUCCUGCUGAUCAGCAAUGCAUUGGCGACUCCCUUAAUGAAUAAGGAGCAGUUGGACAAGCAAACAGCCAGGAAAACUGAUUUUACUCAAGCUUCUCCCCAGUGUUCAACCUGCCAGAUACACUCACUCUGCAGCCGAGGGGAAAGCCUGACCAACCAACUUUUAUUCAUCAGGAUUGCGGCCAAAGAUAAAUAUUGCCACUUCCAGGUCCGAAGUCUGCCAUACACAGAGAGAUGUACUGAUGUAUCCAACGUGACGCUCAUUAAUGCAACAUGUCUGCAUCUGAAUACCAGGGAUCUGGAUUAUAAAGAGUUCAAUCUGGAAUAUGGCACCAAAUCAAAGGGGGAGUCAGCACAAUCCGUACCCGCAGGGUGCUGCGAUAUAUCAACCAAUGACCAUACAAACCCUUUCAUCACUACCUUUGUGAUUUCUGCAGCAGUUGUUAUAUUAGUGGCAUCUGGUAUUGUCGCAAUAUAUUUAUGUGUGAAACGUAGUAGGGAUCCGGCAGAUGGAAGGGAUCCGGCAGAUGGAAGGGUCCCGGAAGAUGAAAGGGUCCCAGAGCAGAAUGAAAUGGAGCAACUGCCACAUGAAGGGAACACUGCAGAGCACAAUGGCCACAUCCCUACGACUGAUGGGAAAAUUAGUGUUUCAAAUGGGAAUUCUGAGAUGGAGCCUCUGAAAGGAAUGAAAAGAUCCAAUUCCCAAAGGGAGUAAUGGCUCAGUGAUAUUGGGAAAAGACAUUUCUGGGGAAAGGGUUUUGUGGAACCACCAGGAACCUUGAGGCUUGAAGAAAGGGCAAUGGUAAACAGAACAAUUCCAGGUAUUUUCCCCAACAGGCAAUUAGUAGCUUAAUGAGCAGGGGACAAAAGGCUCAAAAUCGACCCUACAUUUAACUGUACAACAAGCAACUUUUUUAAUCCAAGAAGCAAUUACCUGUCAAGCCAGUGACAAUCAACCUACAAAUGAUUGAGGCACUAUUAAGUCUUCUCUGCCCUUGUCCUUCAGAGCUACCAAAUGCUUGUAUGGAUAAAAACCUCUUGGAAUUACCAAUGUGCCAUUGCCCCAAAAGUGCUACUUCUACUGUGAGUCAGCAUCCGUGGAGGAUUGACUCUAAGGUGGAAAGCAUUUAUCUUUCAUUCAUGUCUAGAGAUAUCAGAUGCAGCCUGUGGUCCACCAGUUGGACAGCACUACACUAAAUUGUAAGCACUCAUGGGCAAAGCCUUCUCUACUUAUGUCUUAAUUUACUCAUGAAUUUACAUUGUUUGCAGUUGUCUUUUGUUCUGUCAUAUUGCUUGUGUUGUGCCCAGUUCAUUAUACGGAGCUGCAGAAUUUGCCAACACUUUAUAACCUCUACUAAUAAUGAUAACAACACUUAACAGAAGUGAUUCAGUCCUAAACAAAACAGAAACUUGGCUAAUGGAUGAAAACCACUGAGCUCCCUGUCCUGUCUGGUUAAACCAGUUGUUCUUCUUGUACCACAACAUGUGCUAACUACCUUGGGGCACCUAUUGACAUAACCAGCAAGCAGUGGCGUAACUUCUCUGGUACAGGAUGAAUCUUGCCCCAGAAUGCUGCUGGCGUGUGCACUGUAAAAGUCAUUGCGGCUCCGUGGGCCCCAACAGGGUGUGGGCCCAGGUGCAAUUGCACCUUCUGCACCCCUGGUAGUUACACCACUGCCAGCAAGUGGAGCCCUGGAAAAAUGGAGACAUUACAGGGUUCCCAGGCUGGGCAGACACAUUGGCACUCUGCACAAGUGCAUGGAAGUGUCAGGAGAUAGAUUAUAAAUGGCAUUAAUGCAGGUGCAAUUGUGUGUCCAUAUUUGCUUUUUUUUUUUUUUUUUGACUUGAUGAUGGACCUUUGUUUACAUGUUUGUGUCAAUGGGUAUACGAAUACAGCAAAUCAUCCUCAUCCUCCUCCCCCUGCCAUUUGACACAUGUACCCACCUUUCCCUCAUCUUUGCCGCCAAGUUUAGCUUUAAUUGUCCAAUGGUGGGUUGGGGGUAAUAUUUUUAAAUUUUUUUUUUUACUAUAUAACCACAAGAGGACUUCCCAAAAAAAAAAAAGCUGCCACCAUAGGCAAGCCUUGAGUGCCUUUACUAAAAAUAUGGCCCUGCCAAUCAUUAAAUACAACUAGCUAUAAGUAGCAAUAUUACAUAUAUUAUGUACAGUGCAAAUUAUCACUUUCAUCAGACUUGUACAAUGGACAAUACUAGAGGCUGUGGGUAUUAAGGGAGGAGCAAGUAAUCUUAGACCUAUGAUGUAUGGCAACAAACUCAUACAUAUGUCAUACAUAGUGAUGGGCGAAUCUGUCGCGUUUCGCUUCGCCGAAUAAUUCGCGAAUUUCCAGCGAAAUUCGCGA